AUGUCGUGGAUACAAAACAAGAAGACGUAUGAACGAUUGGGCAUGUCCCAAGAGUAUAUGAAACAGGUAUAUGGAGAUGCAUUAGCAUACUUCACACAUGGAUCUGAUUCUAAAUUUGUAACAGAAAGAGAGUAUUUUGGAGAUUUUGGUUAUGGCGAAUGCUUCAAUUCAACAGACUCACAUGUUCAAUGUGAACUGAUAACAGGAGAUUUCGAUCCGAAGCUGUUACCUUAUGAUAAACGAAUGGCAUGGCAUUUAAAAGAAUUUUGUUAUAAAACUUCAGCUCAUGGAAUACCAAUGAUUGGACAAGCUCCUAACAAUUUCUAUCGAUCUAUUUGGGUUUUAUUAUUUUUGGGAUGUAUGACCAUGUUGUAUAUGAAUGCUGAAUCUGUCUACGAUAAAUAUAACAGAAAUGAAAAAAUUGUGGAUAUUCAAUUGAAAUUUGAUACAGCACCAUUUCCGGCUAUAACAUUAUGUAAUCUUAAUCCAUAUAAGGCUAGUUUAGCUACAAAUGUGGAUUUAGUUAAGCGUACGCUAUCUGCCUUCGAUGGUGCUAUGAAUAAAGCGGGUGAAACAAAAGAAGAUGGAGCUGGAGAUGAAAGUUCCGAUGCAACUCGAUUAAAGCGUUGGGCAACAGCAAAUGAUCGAGAGAAAAGAGAUUUGCAUGGAGCCUUUUUUGAGCCAGGUUACGCAAAAUGCUUGUGCGGCCAAACAUCUUCGGAAAUGGCAGGUGAAGAUGAGGAAGGAGAUGAAGAAAAAGUCGCUACAACAACAAUAUUUUCAAUAACUGGAGAAUAUGAAGAGAUAGAACACGAUUACUUGGAAGAAACGAUACCAGUGGAGACUUCAACAUCUUCUGCAUUUGAAGAAUGUAAAUCAGAAGCAACAAAAUUUCAAGAGCCUACUGGUGCUCAUGAUCAUUGUAUUUGCGCAUUCGAUCGAAAUACACAUGAUGCAUGGCCAUGCUUUUUGAGUCCACUGUGGGAAAAUACUCAAUGUGAUACAUGUAAUGAGCAUGCAUUCUGUACACAAGAUAAUAAAACAGCGAGAGGACAUAAAUCUCCAUGCAUUUGUGCUCCAUCAAAGUUUUGUGUUGCAUAUAAUGGCAAAACACCUCCUAUUGAGAUUUGGACAUAUUUGAAUGGCGGAGUUCCGACGGAAGAUCCUAAUUUUCUUGAAGCUAUGGGUUUCACGGGAAUGACAGAUGAAGUUGCUAUUGUCACAAAGGCUAAAGAGAAUAUCAUGUUUGCUAUGGCUACGUUAUCUAUGGAAGAUAGAGAAAAGCUUUCUACAACCAAAAAAGAACUUGUUCAAAAAUGCUCAUUCAAUGGAAAAGCUUGUGAUAUUGAUGCUGAUUUCUUAACUCAAAUUGAUCCUGUCUUUGGAUCAUGUUUUACUUUCAAUCAUAACAGAACUGUUAAUCUGACAAGUAUUCGUGCAGGUCCUAUGUAUGGAUUACGUAUGCUAGUGUAUGUUAAUGCAUCUGAUUAUAUGCCAACAACAGAAGCAACAGGAGUUCGCUUAACUAUACACGAUAAAGAAGAUUUUCCAUUUCCUGAUACAUUCGGCUACUCUGCUCCAACUGGUUAUGUAUCUUCAUUUGGAUUGCGUUUGAGAAAAAUGACACGUCUACCAGCCCCAUAUGGAGAUUGUGUUCCAGAUGGUAAGACAGCCGAUUAUAUAUAUCAGAAUUAUGAUUAUUCUGUAGAGGGAUGUUAUCGAUCAUGCUUUCAACAAUUAGUUUUGAAAGAAUGCCGAUGUGGAGAUCCACGUUUUCCAAAACCGGAUGAUAUGAGACAUUGUGAUGCAGCUGAUCCGAUAGCGAGAAAAUGUCUGGAUGCUCGAAUGAAUGAACUUGGAGGAGUGCAUGGCUCAUUUCGUUGCAGAUGUCAGCAGCCAUGUCGACAAUCGAUUUACUCAGUAACAUACUCACCAGCUAAAUGGCCUUCUCAAUCUCUUCAAAUUCAGUUAGGAUCAUGCAAUGGAAGUGCUAUCGAAUGCAACAAGCAUUACAAAGAGAAUGGCGCUAUGGUUGAAGUAUUUUAUGAGCAGCUCAAUUUUGAAAUGUUAACAGAAUCUGAAGCGUAUGGAUUUGUCAAUUUGCUUGCCGAUUUUGGUGGUCAACUUGGAUUAUGGUGUGGAAUAUCAUUUUUAACCUGUUGUGAAUUUGUUUUUCUCUUUCUGGAAACAACAUACAUGAGUGCGGAACACAAUUAUGCAGCUUACAAGAAGCGUAAAGCAGAAAAGAAGAAAGCUCGAGUCGUUUGA